AUGCUCCCUCUCAUUUCUCCUUCCCCUGCCCCGUUGGACACCCCCCGCUCACGCCCGGCGCAUCCCACGGGCGCCCCGCCUGGUGCUCCCUGGCCUCCACGCCCGCCCGCGGCGCGCAUCGCCGCCCUUGACCGCGUCCACCCCCUGCUGUUGCUCCUCUGUCGCCUGCGGGCCUACUCGUCGCCGGCCCCGCAUUUCGUCCCCUGCGCCACCGACGUCGCCGCACCGUUGGCCAUCGCGGCCGCCCUGACCUCUGCCUCGACCACGCCCCCUGCUCCCUUCGCCCCUCUGCGCUGCCUCCGGCCACCGGUUCCCCCGGCUCCAGCCGCGCCGUGGCCGCCGACGCACGCCCUCCUGGGCGUCCGAGUGCUCCCCGCCCCUGGUGGCCUCGAGCACGCACGCCCGCACCCGAGCGCCCCGCUCCUGCAGCCCCGAUAG